AUGCAUAAAAAAAUUCAACUAAAGGAUAACCAAACAAACGAAGUUGACGACACAGCAUCACCUCCGGAACAACAAACGUCUCACAAAUCAAGUCGCACAACACCAAUUUCUCCAUCAACGCCGGCCAGUGACACAAUCGAAUCCACUCUGCCGGGUACCAAACUACCCAAGACGUCGACCCAAUGGUCCGAAGCCAACGUUUACUUUCAACUACAACAACAAUCACUUCCAAGCUAUGACAAUAUCGACAACUUCACGUCCGCCUUCCAACAAAUGAUUUACAACUAUUUCGCCACAAACUAUGGCACUCUUAAACAACAAACAGUCAAUAAUACCAGCUCCAACAAAUCAAUCAAAAAUCUAAAAAAAGAACUAAAACAGCUAAAGCUACUAGGCCACAACAAUCAGCGCUUCGAUGACCAAAUCAUCACAACAAGCAAAGCGCUCAGAGCUCAAAUAAAGUCAAAAAAAUUAACAAAAUGCGAUCAAUCAGUCGACGUCACGUCUCAGCUAAAACAGCGCUUUUGGGGGACAUGUAAGAAAAUAUUCGACCAAACAGAAAAUUUGAAACCACUGUUUGGUGUCACUGAUUGCCAUCAAUAUUUUCUUUCGAUUCUCAACAAUCCUCAUCAAACAAAAUACCAAAUACCUAGCUGGGCUCCAAAAUUACAAAAGCCUCCAACACUCUGCAACACAAGCCCUCCUACAUACCACGAAAUUUCAACAAUAAUCCAUAAAUACAAAUCAAAAUCAUCACCAUGCCCUUUCGACCAGAUUUCGAUAAUUCCAUUUAAAAAAUGCCCAAUACUACGAACAAUUCUCCACAAACUGUUGGUUCAAUGCUGGUCGUACACCCCUUUACAUGCGGCAUCUACAAAUGGUCAACUUAACGUCGUUCGUCUCCUACUUGAAUUUGGGGUUGACAUUAAUGCAGUGAAUGAACAUGGAAACACUUGUGUUCAUCUAGCCUGUUUAAAUGGUCAAGAAGUUGUCUUGAAAGAGCUUUUAGAUCACAAUGCUGCCAACAACAACGCUAAUAACAAAGGAAUGUUUAAUAAAGGGCGCGAAUUGAACGUUCCUAUGCCCUCAACAAAAAAAAACUAA